AUGUCACAAAGAAACAUACCAGUUGAUGUUUAUACACUUCCCGCUGAACAACGUCAACAACUUUUCCUUGCAUUAUUUGAUGCUGACUCAACUUUGCCUAAUGUGUUGAAUUCCGAACAACGUCGCCGGCUAUAUACUGUUUUAGUAACUAUUGAUUCAUCUCUUGUAGGUCCUCUUUUAAAUACACAUGGAGUAACUAAUGAACAGGAAUCACAGUGGCAUGAAUUCUUGAAACUGGAUAAGAAACAAUACUUGAAUUUUAGGAAUGAUCUUCGAAAUCGUGCAGCUUCUCGUUUCUCUCGUGGCAAUCCCAUUUCCCGUCAGCCAAAGGGGAGAGCAGGAGAAGUCAUCAAAGAUUUUAAAGAAGCAAAUUCAACAUUUCCAAUCUCUGAAGCUGAUUUCAUUCUUCAUGAAUGGCUUACCUCAUACUGUAACAGCACAGUUGAUCAAGCAAAGAAGAAAAAAAUUGCUGAAGCAAAAGAACAAGGGUUACCACCACCACUACCAAAAAAAAAGAAUGUUCGACCUCCAUUGAAUUAUAAAAUAGCACAUGAAGUGACUGAAACCUCACAACAUUCUAGAGAUGCUGCUACCACCUCCGAAAUCAGUGCUUCUCCCACUAAAAUGACUGUAACUAAAGUUGUUGGUGGAACAUCUGAUGAAAUGCCCAAUGCUUCUGGUAGCAAAGGAAAAGGAAAACAAAAAACAGGAAAAACUUUUCCACAAAAUAUAAGACAUAGCAAGAGAAUUAGGAAAUAG